UGAUGAAUAUCUCAUAAGAAAUCUUGGGUUCUGGAUUGACUUGCGAAGUCAGAAAAGUAUAGAUCAAAGACUAAGAAUAUGCUAUCAAAUUAUUUAAGGAUAACUUCUCUACAUAAUUAAUAAAAAAAGAAAUUCACAUUCUUUCUUAAAUUGACCAUCACAAUGUUGUACAUUUAAUAGAAGGAAAUCAUAAAGAAAGAUACAUGAUUACCGAGCUUUUAGAAAAAAUGGAUCUCUUUGACAUUUUAGCCAAAGGAUAGAAACCAUUUUCAAUAACUUCUAUUAAAUACAUUAUUUUAUAAUUAACAGCGGCAAUCCAAUAUAUUCAUAAAUUGGGUUUUGUGCAUAGAGACAUCAAAUUAGAAAAUAUACUUUUGGAUAAGAAAUUGGAUAUCAAAAUUUGUGACUUUGGAUUUGCUGAACCAAUCAAUGGAGAAUUUGUUACCAGAUCUUCUGGUACUUUGGGAUAUUUGGCACCAGAGUUAUAAAAUUAAGGAUUAAUCAAUACUACAGCAUUACCUAUAACAGAAGUCUUUUCUUUAGGAGUGUGUCUCUUCAUAUUGGCUUUUGCCCAUCCACCUUUCAGAUAGAGUACUAAAGUUUGUCCAUAUUGGAGAUUAAUUUCUACUGGAUAAUGGGCUAAAUAUUGGUAGGCAGUAGAUAAAUAAAACAAAUACAAUGAUGAAUUUCGCUCACUUAUCUAAGGUAUGUUGGAGCCAGAUCCAAAAAAAAGAAUGACUAUUGAUUAAGUAUUGGAUCAUUAAUUCAUUAUUGGUGGAUGCAAGGAAACAUAUUAAUUAGAAGUAUGGGAACGAUUGAAAAUCGAAUGAG